GUUUCCGGGUUUCAAAGAAGUGCGACUCGUGCCGGGGAAACACGACAUCGCCUUCGUGGAGUUUGAAAGCGACACUCAGGCGGGUGUGGCCAAGGACGCGCUGCAGGGCUUCCGGAUCACGGCGACCUGCGCCAUGAAGAUCACCUACGCCAAGAAGUAGUCGCCUCGUCCAAUCAGAGACGGGACACAGAGACUGAGGGGGGGCGGGGCUGGCGGUUUGGGGGAUUUCUGUCGUCUGGCGGUGUGCGCAGCCUAAUGGCGUCUGUUUGUUUUUGUUUUUUUAAGUAUAUUUUCUAAGAGGAACGCCACGGAGCUGCUUCUGAUUUUGUAAAAUAAAAUCAUUUUUCAUAAACGUGCCUCACAUUUUUACUCUGACCCCCUCAGGUCUCAGAGGUCACGGUGUCAUCUGACGAGGGUUUAGAGAGCACUCUUCUCCUUAGUGACCAGCGGUUGGCAUGGUUGCCAGUCGGCGUUUGAGCCUGUGUGGUUUUAGACGUGAGCGCUGAGACGACUCGAGCCUGUGUGUUUUCGCUGCGUUUCACCUCAGGCUGCUUUUACAUUAUUGAUCAAAGCUACGUGUCGUCAUGCCGACAGGUUGGCUCACGCCUGCGGCGCCGGCGGCUCGUCUCGGGUCUUCAGGAUAUGAAAACCUUGUUAAAGCAAAGCCUCGGGUUUUAUUUCUGUCGUAGCCGAGUUGUAGUUGAUCAUCAACAACAUCCAAUUAAAAUCCAAAAGUUUCACCAAACGUGAAGCUCCGCCUCUGUUAGUACAGUAACCUCACAGCAGCCGUAUUAUUGGUCAGAUGAUGUCAUUCAAAAGGCUCCAACAGUACAAACACGCUCAGGUCAGGUGACGCUUCAGCCACCUGUGUCACCAUCCGCCGGCUGGUUAAACGUGCAGAUGCGUUAUAACUGCACUGGUGUCAGAACGGAGGAUUGGCUCAAACUACAGGGGUUUUUUUUCUACGCUUGGGUCUGUAUGAUGUCACAGAGCUCUUGUCCUUAUAUGGUCAUCGGGCCUUGCCAGCUGCUGUUCAAAGCUUUACCUUAGGAUAACCUGUUUCUGCGACGAAGCUGACGAGACCCGACCCCUUAAGAUAGAACUGAGCAGAACAGGAUUCUUCUGGGUUUUAAAGUAGAACUUCUUCCUCUUGUUUCUGUCAACGUUGUGAUUUUUUUAUUAAAAGUGAUUUAAACAUG